AUGAAGAAACGAAUCAACCACUUGCUCCGGAAAUGCAAGACCCUUUCGCGGCAGCUGAGCCGGAGCUCUUCCUACACGAGCUUGAGACCGAAAUCCGCCCGGGAAGACGGUGGGGAGGAGAUCUUCGUGGGGAGCUCGCGGAGGAGGUACGUGAUCAGGUCGGAGCACUUGAGCCACCCGCUGGUCACCGCGCUCAUCGAGAGGGAUUCGGGCCCAGCUGCUGUGGUCAAGUGCGAGGUCGUGUUGUUCGAUCACCUCUUGUGGAUGCUUGAAAAUGCGGAUCCCAAUAUCGCUUCCGAUUCUCAUUCACUCCAAGAGCUGGCCGACCUCUACGUUUACUGA